UUCUCUUCGUUUGAUUCCAGAUAGAAAAGGUAUUGAGAGGGCAUCACGCGACUCCUUUUUUGUCACAUAAAAAGUACCCUACCUGUGGGAGCAGCUCUUCUAGUAAGUACAAGUCAUUUACAAUUAUUCUAAGUUCGUGCGUCUGCGUAGUCCCGUUCUUUUCCUCGAGACCAUUCUUGUAAAAUCAAAACCUUCAAGUUCAACACUAACAAUGUCGUCGCAGCCGCCAACCCCACCGCCCGCGGCCGCGACUCCUCCUGUGCGGGCGGAGUCUCCGCAGCUGGAAGAUUUCAUUUCCGACCGGGAAGUGAACAAGACCAUCGGGAAAAACAACAUUUUCCGCACGCUGUGGUGCAACAUUUUCCUCUAUCGCAAGAAAAAACUGUUUCACUGUCAACUUGUGAUGCAUAGAACGGAAUGCAAAUGUGUUUGUCUUGCUACACAUGCAAGACAUUGGAUUUUUAGCUGUGUUUUCCCUUGAGAAGCGCGCAUGCCCAGUUUUCUUUGUCAUGUGUAACAAACUUGUGAUGCAGAUCUUGCAAAAUCAUCACAGUGAAGCAGUUUUUUCGUGGGAUAUCCUCGUGAUCGGGUCCACGAUCACGUUUGGACCGGUGUUUGACAAGUACAUCCUUCAACUUUCCGACAAGAAUUGGGUGGUCGGCGUCGUGGAGUCCGCCUCGGGGAUGACCUCGUUACUGGUGUUCGUGCCGGUGGCCUACCUGGUCGACCACGUGUACGGCCCCCAGGACCGCGCGCGCCUGGUUCGCAACAGCGCGAACUUACUCUCCGUCGGCGUGGUGGUGUUAGUGUUUGCCAUUCUGUUUGAUUCCUUCUACCUGCUCUUCCCGGCGUUGUUUCUGAACGGCGUGUUCUACGAACUCUUUUCCUCCGCCACCGAGGCGCUGUUUGCGGACUCGGCGGGUGUCACCGGGGACCGGGCGGGCUGGUACGUAAAGAAGCAGGUCUACAUCACCAUCGCCGCCGGCGUGGGCCCGCUGAUCACCUUGCUCUUGGCAUUUGCGGAUAACAAAAAUCAUCUUCUUGCCCACGGAGGUUUGUCUUAUGACAAUCCGAUGAAUUAUGCGGACGAGUCGUGGCCUACUGACCACAGGUGGGACAUCAGCACAGCCGGGGGAAACGUUCAUCAUUUCGAUGAUGGUUCCACACCAAUAUCGGGCCCGUUUGCGGUAGCUCCAACCGGUAGUUCAUCGUCGUGGCACAUGUUCAAUCCGUUAUUUUCCAGAUAUCAGCUUCCAGGACCAGCUUUACGAAUGAGUGCAGCUGCGGCCUCAUCCGGCGGUACAGAAGAGAUAAGGUCACCACGUCCAGCAGGUGCGAUUAUAGCGGGAAAAAUAGAAACUGCUUCUGUUUCAGCCUCUUCCCGGUCUUUACUAGAACGCAACAGCGAUACUAGCACAACGCUUGCUGGCGCCGGUGAGAUGCUUCUGGGAAGCGGUGUUCUUGGUGUCCAGCGAGCGAUAGGAGACGCUGCUGGCGCGGGGGCAUUGAAGACUCUUCCAUCGACACCAUCUGAGGAGUCGAGCACUACAACGAUGGUCGCUGGUAAUCCUUCACCUUCGUUCUUCAGCGAUAACUUCUCCUCCAGCACUUGGACCUUAUCGUGGAUGCACUUCAUUCUGCUCUCCGGCGUCGUUCUGUUCGCCCCGUUGUACUGCUUUCUCUACGGGUAUCGGGACCUGAUCCAGGAGCAGGAUGUCGAGGGGAACCAGAAGAAAACCGAGGACGAAGUGUUUACGACGAACCUGACCCGCGGCGAGAAGUGGAUUCCGUACCUGUGCGGCCUGAGCGACUUUGUCGUGUCGAUCGGGGCCGGAAUGACGGUGAAGUUCUUCAACCUCUUCUUUAUUCAGGACUACCACUUUCAGCCGUGGCAGAUAUCCCUGCUGCAGACCGCCUACCCACUGACCAUCGCGGUUUUCACGAUACUACUCGGCAAAAUCGCGAAGUACUGCGGCCGGGCGCAGACGAGCGCAUGUACUUCUCACUUUUACUCGGAGAUCGUUAAUACGUGCUGUUGUUUCGUAAAGGGGUGAUGUUUCGUAGGCUUUGGAGUUUGAAAUUUUUCCUGUACGGACUGAACUGAUAACAGCGGAGCACAUUAUGUUAAACAAAAAGAUAAAAAUGAAAAUCCACUUCCCAGUCGCCUUCUCCCUGAACGCGCUGUGCAUGAUCCUCCUGGCUCAGCUGCAGGACGUGCGCGUUUUGCUGGCAAUCUUCCUGAUUCGGGGCGGCAUGGCAAACGGCGUCGCGCCGCUCGACCGGUCCAUUCUGAUGGACUACACGCCGUCGAGUCAGAGGGGAAAGUGGAACGCCGUGGAGAGCUUCACGAGCAUCACCUGGAGCGGGUCUGCCUUUUUGGGAGGCUACAUUGCCGACGUGCAGGACUAUCGGUAAAGUGCUACUUCUAUGCUUUCCUUUUUACAGGACUUUUUCGCACAAGUUCUGGCUGUGUGUUGUUCGUUUUCACAAAUAGACCAGAAUGCUAUCGCAUGCUAUCAAGAAUGACUUCGUUUUACCAAAACCCAGGCAAACGUUCCGCUACACCGGCUUCAUCUAUCUGGUCGGGACCCUGAUCUAUUCCCCACUUCUGUUUCUCGUUCCAAGGAAGGCAAAGAAAGAUUCUAGUGGCAGCGGCACUGCAGCAAGUACCGAAGCAGGUAGUGGAGCUGCAGGCACGCUACUCCCAUCGGAGCCUGCGGAGCUGGAGAACCCUGUUGAUAGUACAGCUCCAACAUCACAGUCUUCUACUUCUCGCGGGGAGCCUCUGUUGGUCGUCAGGGGGCGCGCACUGUCGCGAGACUCGGAUCAUUAAAUAAAAGCGAUAGGAACUUGGUGAUUUGAAACGAAUGUUGAGUGGCUCUUUUUUCAAGAAUGACGCCACGAACAUGAACCUUGAGGCAGUAGCGCAUGUGGUUUUGCUUUUGGUUUCCGUUUGAAAAUGAACCAAUGUUGACGAGCGCGUUGUGAAGCAUGAGAAUGCGCUCGUUUCAAUGUGAGUGUGACAACUGGCCGGUUGUCAGGAUUAAGUACGUUUGAAAACGCAAGUCUUGUACCUCUCCGGCGAAAGUCGAGGAGGGGGAAAGCCUUCCUGUCCCGCCCGUGUUUCAGUUUACAUCGAUGGAAUUUUAAUCUAGCAAAAAAUUUACGCUUGUUUUUUCUUAAGCAAGUAUGUUCA